AUGGCGACUCCGACCCGCUGCCGGGGCGAGUACCCGUACACGCGGGGCAUCCAGCCGACGAUGUAUCGCGGUCGGCUCUGGACGAUGCGGCAAUAUGCGGGGCAAGAGGACGCUGAGUCGUCGAACCGCCGCUAUCGAUUCCUGCUUGAUCAGGGCCAGACAGGACUAUCGGUUGCAUUCGACCUGCCAACGCAGAUUGGCUACGACUCCGAUGCGUCGAUGGCGGAAGGCGAAGUGGGCAAGGUCGGUGUGGCGAUCGACUCGAUCGACGAUAUGCGCACUCUGUUCGACCAGAUUCCGCUUGAUCGCGUGACGACGUCGAUGACGAUUAAUUCUACCGCGAACAUCCUGCUCUCGCUCUACGCCGCAGUGGCCGAGGAACAGGGUGUGGGCCGCGACAAGAUAGGCGGCACGGUCCAGAACGACAUCCUCAAGGAAUAUAUCGCGCGCGGGACGUACAUCUAUCCGCCCAAGCCGUCGAUGCGGCUGAUCACGGACAGCUUUGAGUACUGCACCCGUGAGGUGCCGCGCUGGAACACGAUCUCGAUCUCGGGCUAUCACAUGCGUGAGGCCGGCUGCACCGCGGCUCAGGAGAUCGGCUUCACGCUGGCCAACGCCAUCGCCUACGUCGAAGCGGCGCUGGAACAGGGCAUGGCCUUCGACAGCUUUGGCCCGCGACUCUCCUUCUUCUUUGCCUGUCACAGCAACUUCCUCGAGGAGAUCGGCAAGUUCCGCGCGGCGCGGCGUCUGUGGGGCAGCAUUGCCCGCGAGCGCUUCGGCUCUCAGAACGAGCGCGCGCAGAUGCUGCGCUUUCACACGCAGACGGGCGGCGUCACGCUGACCGCUCAGCAGCCCGACAACAAUGUCGUCCGCACCACGCUCCAGGCGUUGGCUGCGGUGCUCGGCGGGACGCAAUCGCUGCACACCAAUUCGCUUGAUGAGGCGCUCGGCUUGCCGUCGGAGCACGCGGUCGAGAUUGCACUGCGCACGCAGCAGGUGAUUGGCUACGAGUCGGGCGUCGCCGAUGUGAUCGAUCCGCUCGGCGGCUCGUACUACAUCGAACAGACCACCAACGAGCUUGAGGCUGAGGCGCGCAACUACAUCGACCAGAUCGACGCCCUCGGCGGCGCCGUCUCGGCGAUUGAGCAGGGCUAUCAGCAGGCUGAGAUCCUCGAGGCUGCGUCCAGCUUCCAGCGCGAAGUCGAAACCGAGACCGAUUCAGGCCGCGCGGGCGACAAGACGGCCGGCAAGCGUGGACGCGUGAUCGUCGGCGUCAACCGGUUCGAGACGGAUGAGGAUUCGGACGUUGAGAUCGUCCGCGUCGACCCGACGGUCCGCGAACGGCAGAUAGAGAAGCUCGAGCGUCUGCGUGACGGUCGUGAUGCGUCUGCCGUGUCGGCCGUCCUCGAUGCGAUUCAGCAGGCUGCGGACACGGACGAGAACCUGGUGCCGCUGAUGAUGGACGCGGUCAAGCAGUCGGCGACGCUGGGCGAAAUCUCCGAUGCUCUACGAAGGGUCUGGGGCGAGUACCGCGAACGGAUCGUCGUUUAG